AUGGAUGACGAUGAGCAGCUUGACACUGGUCUCUUCCAGGAGCCUGCCGACUAUGCGCCUCCCAAGCCGCCGACGCUGGCAAAACAUGUCAUGAAGUCGGGGCAGGAGGUGCCUAUCCACUUGGUCGGCUAUAACCUCCGCGAGGGUCACUACCUAUGGAAUGGCGCGCGUUACAUCUCGUAUUGGUUUGAGGACAAUGUCGAUGCAAUCCGGGGCAAGACGGUGUUCGAGCUCGGCGCCGGUGGCGGCCUGCCAGGCAUCGUAGCAGCUGUUCUAGGCGCCCGCAAGGUCGUCUGCACCGACUACCCGGAUGAGGAGCUGAUGGUCAUGAUCCGCAAGAACGCUGGCGAGAGCGCGGGGCAGAUCCCAGAGCCGCGCAGCCGGUUCGUGGCCGAGGGCUACGAGUGGGGAUGUGACCCGGCGCCGGUCCUGGCACACCUAGAGACGGCCGAGGAGCGGGCGGCGGGCUUUGACGUGUUGAUCCUGGCGGAUCUACUAUUCAAGCACCCGCAGCACGAGAACAUGAUCAAGACCAUUGAGAUGACGCUCAGCCGGCGGAGGGAGAGCAAGGCCCUCGUCUUCUUCACGAGUUACCGGCCCUGGCUACAGCAUGCCGACUUGGCCUUCUUCGACCGCGCCCGCGACCACGGCUUUGUCGUUGACAAAAUUUUUGAGCAGCGCCUCGAGAAGCCCAUGUUUGAGAAUGAUCCAGGUGAUCUCGAGGUUCAGAAGCUCUGCACCGGCUGGGAGAUUAAGUGGCCCGAAGACAAAUGUACGGCAUAG